UUUAAAAAGGAACAUAUUCAAAUGUUCUGCUCUCAGUAGAUUUUCGACCGCACUCGAAUGCGGACAGCGCUGGUGACCUCCAAGUCGUCUAAUGGUCUUGGAAACCGUUGGCCUAAGUCUCUUUCUACCAACUAACUUACUUUGAGUGCAUGUGCUGCAGCAACGUCGUUCGAGGACUAUCGGCGGUUAUCAGACCAUAGAAGGAAUUGUUAUAUUCAUGUAUUUUGUUGUUUUUGAUAAUUCCAAUCAUAAGGGAAGAAUUGUGCCGGGGUCUAUCCCUAUUCCUUCGGGAUCUUCCACUGAUUGCGCCUUCGAGAAAGUGUUUAGUGAUAGUGUAUAAUGUGAUUCCAGCUCGGGUUGAAACACAUUAUCGGUUUUUUUAGUUGUUGUGUGGGCGGCGAUAAACAACUGAUAAAUUGGAGAAAAAUCGUCAUCAGUACCAAAGAUCCAGUCAGUGAACUAAUAACUAAACUGGUACUUUUGCAGCGAAAUCCUUCAGUCAAUCAGCUUAUCAGCAAAUCCUGAUAGUGUCGUGACUGGAUGUGUAUUUAUUUUGGCGCCAGUCGACGGUCGUUUGAGUUUUUGUUUACGUGGUAAGGAUUAAGCCUAACCGAAGGGGUGAAGUGUAAAUCGAUGCACUAAGAAAACGACUUCCAGGUGCUUCCAGGGAUCUUUAGCGGAAACUUAUCAAAAGAAGAAAAACAUAACAAAAAUAAAACCCUUCUCAAAAGGAGCUUGAACCAAAACAAAAUAAAGAAUCCAUUCAAGUCGGAAAACAACCAAGCAAAAAAGUCAGUGAAGAAGUCUUAUCACCACCAGUCGGUCAGCCCACUUAUAGUAUAGUUCUCGGGGGAGAGAUUGUUCUUGGUAAAUAAACGUAUCAGCAUAAGAAGAAGUGUUUAGUAUUCCUGUGUGAAAGUACAGCAUCAGCGUGCCAAAAGCUGCCAUCCGACGGCAGAAUGGCAACCCUACUGUAUACCAUUAUCGGCAUGACGGCCAGUGCCUCCCUGAACUGUGCAGUCCGGCGGGAAAUAUCGCCCUGUACCUGUUCGCCUCAUGGCUUCUUUGCUAACACGAUCGAGGUCAAGUGCGAACAGAUGGAAUCCUUCCAUCAGGUAGUGGACGCACUGCAGGACCGUUUUACUCCGGAUUACAACAUUUGGCUUACGAUAUCGCACUCACAACUGUAUGACCUGGCAUCGCAAUCCUUCUACGAGAUGAACAUGAACAUCAAGACGCUUAAGAUGAACUAUGACAAUUUAAGCCAUCUACCGGUAUCGACGUUUCAGAACCUACCAAGGUUAGAGUUCUUUAGUGCGUCUGAAAAUCGUCUGGAGGAAAUCCCGGCGGAAAUGUUUCAACAUAUGCCUAACGUUGGGACGCUCGAUUUUGCUAAGGGCAACCUCCGGUUUAUCAACGGGGACACCUUCAAGCAUCUACAGAACUUAAGACAUUUGAUAUUGAUAUCGAACUAUCUGGAGCGUAUUGAUACCAAAACUAUGCCACGGACUCUGCUCACGCUUCAUUAUGGACACAACAACCUGACGUCGCUCAACGGAACUUUACGUCAUCUGGAUGAGCUUAAAUUGUUGUUCAUCAACGACAAUCAUCUGACUUCUUUAGAUGAUGAGUUUCCGCUUGCUUCCCCUAAUCUGAUGUCAAUUUUUGCGCAGAACAAUAAAAUUAAAAAUCUUCCGAUCGAAAUAAAAUACUUGAAAAAUUUGGAUUCACUGAUCAUUCACAACAAUGAGCUUACAUCGUUCGAUGGCCUUCUAUCACGAUCUUCUCACCUGACCAAGUUGGUUGCAUACGGUAAUAAAAUCGACCAUUUACGUAAAGAUGAAUUCACGGAAGCCGAACGAUUGGAGGAUCUCCAGUUGGCCGAGAAUAAAUUGACAAGCUUGAACGGAUCCUUGAUGAACUUGAAAGGACUUAUUGUUGCCAAUUUGAGCUUCAAUCUUUUGAACGAGUUUUCGCUUCAAGAAAUUUCCGGUUUGCGAAAAUUACGUAUCCUGGACCUUUCCCACAAUAAGAUAGAGAUGCUCAAAGGCCGAAUGGAAAAUUUGGUUGACUCUGGUUCGAUUAUUUACGAACUACGACUGCAGCACAACCUGCUGAAAUCGCUGGAUGGUACCCUCAUGGGAUUGAACAACCUGAAGAUCCUAAACGUCGCUCACAAUCUGCUGGAAGUUAUCACACCCGACGAUCUUAUAGGAAUGGAAAAUCUCGAGCAUAUGGAUUUAUCUUUCAAUAAGCUGAAAACAUUGGAAGAACUUUCUAAGACAUUCCUUCCGUCUCUUCAGUCGGUGAAUGCAUCCUUCAAUCUGCUCACCACUCUGGACAAAGAUUUCCACGGGCUACCGGUGCUGUGUUCGGCCGAUUUAUCCAACAACAUGAUCCGGGUCAUAUCGGUAGAUUUGGUGUCACAAACACGCUGCAGUAAUCACGGAGUACCGAACAAGUUGGAGAUUUUCCUGCAAGAAAAUCCUGUUCUCUGUGACGAAUCGCUUCCAGAGCUGGUUUCACAGAUGGAAUCGUACCAUGCACGAUUGAUCGGUAUCGCUCAUUGCAUAGUUCCGCAGCAGAUUCCGAUUGAUUCGCCCAUUUUCAUGCAACCGCCGAUUCCCAUGCUGAAACCGCUGCUCAAACCACAGAUUCCGAUGGUUCCAUCUCCAGUCAUGAUCCAGCAGCCUUCUAUCGUACAGAUUCUAGUCCCGGCGCCAAUCGUUGUCCAGCAGCCAGCUUUUGCCGACUCAGCAGCCGGAAUGAUUCAGCCCUCAGUCCAGGGUAUCCAGGAUAUUCAACAACCGGUAGCAUCGCCUCCACAGAUCGCUCAUAUCCCUCAACAGCAACCUUAUGACGAGUUGAAGUACUACGCCCAACCAGAAACAGCCAUAGAAUCCGAAACACUUGCCCCGCCACAGGAAGAGAACGAUAUUGCCAAAAUUAUUACUCCGACCAGCUCGACCAUGAAAACUAUUCUAGAAUUCAAGAACAUUAUUCACGACACCUACUCAGCGAUACCACCGGAAGUUCUUCCGCUUCCUCUUGACAAGGACCCUAGCUUGGCCACUGAACCGGAAGAGCCACCAGAAACACAACAGGAUCAAGCCAUAGAGGUGUCGGAACGCUGAAUAUAAUCCAAUGCUUUUCAUUUUUUUUGAAAAAGAGAGUAACCCGCACUUUCAAUUCUGUUACUAAAAGGCAAACAUACUAAGAGGAUAAUUCCAAGCUUUGACUUCUUUUUUUUAAUCUUAAGAGUUAGCAUCUUCUUUUAUGUUGAAGUUGAAAUAAUGUCGAAGGUUCUUAAGGAUUGUUGCAAAUCCUACCCAAUGAGAGUACGAAUUUUGCCAUGGAAAGCAAGAGAUUAGAGCUUUCGAAGCUAAUGUGAUUGUUGAAUUGAUUCGAUAAACAAUAGAAAGUUAAAUACAUCAGUGUAUGCUUACUCAAAGAAACGUGAUAAGCCUGUUUGCUGAUUGACGAACUGGUUCCACUUAAAUCACUUGUUGAAUUUUGCUGGAAUAAGGAUCAACAGAUAAUUCUAGCGAUCAAAACUAGUUGUAGAUGUUAUGUAUCUUAGAAAUCUAUUGAUUUUAAUCCGAAUGACGUUAGAGAUCUACUACUCAAUGAUACAAAUUUAGAGCGCACGCAUGUAAUUUACAUGUCUUCACAUGCACACCGAGCAUUAUUUUAGUUAAUUAAGCAUGACAAUACAUACCCCUGUUAAACGAAUUGAAGAAAGAUAGAACUUACAGUUAUACGAACGAACAACUUUUUUUAUUUCUCUUAGUCUACUCUAACUUUUCACUCUAUCCACUAUAGGCUAAUUCACCGAAAAAAUCACUCCCUUUCAACACAUUUCUUUUGAAUGAUGUAUUUAUUCAUGACCAAAUCAUCUAUCUUAAUUGAUAAGAAAUUUUCUAACCAAUUAUGCCACAGAGGAGGGUUCUGAACAAUCAAACCUCAAAUCAGAAUGCAUUUUGCAUGAUUGGUUAUAUAAAGACAAGUGACACUUUCCAAUUGAAUGCAAUCGCAAAUAUACAGGUUAAAAAAAACCGUUGAGAGUGUCAGCAAAAUCUUAUAACAAAUUACUCAUUAACCGUGGACAAUGCAGUACUUCACAAGGUAAAAAUAUUUUCCUGUUCUGGUGAAACAUGUAAAAUCGUAAGCUUAUAAAAGAAAAGUAUUUCAAAUAAACAAGAAGCAUGUAACUAGCUGAACAAGCGAGUCUGUCUACUUUUUUCGAUGUUCAUAGCAAGGUUGCCGAAAUCACAGAAAAAUCUGUAUUAUCACAGAAUUUUGAGCAAAAUUUCGUCACAGAAUCUGUGUCACAAAUCACAGAAUUUUUAAAUUUUCCACAGAAUUCACAGAAUUUCUAAAUUUUGUACAGAUUUUCAAAAAUAUAAUUUUUUUUGUCAUUUUCGACUUUUUAUUUCUGACUAUAAUUUAUGAAAAUAUGAAAACAAGGUAACGUAAAUUGAUAUUUUUCAUUUAAAACUGUAGGAAAUUACCAUUUUGUUUAUGUUUGACAUGAUUUCCCUAUAAACUUAAUAAAAAAGCGUCACAGAAAACCGUCACAGAAUUUUAGGUUCAAAUCACAGAAUUCGAGAAUUUUUUUGUCAAAAACACAGAAUUUUUUUUCGGCAACCUUGGUUCAUAGGCCAGAUUUCUAUCAGAAAAUAUAUUUCCAGCUGUAAAUCUAUUACUGUAAAUCACCGUGGAAUUCAUGUGUAAAAUGUAAUGCAAAUCUAUACGUUAAAUAAAGUGAUACAAUACUGUUUAA